AUUUCUUUUCGCAGAGACCAUAUAUCUUUCGCUACUAUCAGACAUAGAAUCCAUCCAAAAGUCAGAAUCUCGACGAGCAUCAGUCUCUUCGCCGACCCCGCCGUACCCGAAUCUCUUACACAGAAGGGCCUGCCGAGGUGUCAAGAUCCCAGAUUUGUAUCUCAUCGUGCCUACCACUCCGAGGCCACGUUGCCCGGCACCGCUUUUUAUGACUGUCCUUCUCGAACACACACUUCUCUUGUUGGUCCCACGACCACAAAGGCCGGCGCGCCGUGAUCGCCCGUCCCUUUGUUCCCUCAUGGGCCUCCCCGCAGCUUAAAGAGCCCCUCAGUGAUGCGACAUGUGCUGUUGUUGCACCCUCUUCAGCCGUCACAACAUCAUGGGCUUCCUCUCGCGCUCCUCGUCCAAGAAAUCCAAGAAGUCGGCCAAGUCGGAGUCGGUCUACGAGCAGCCUUCACCCGCUAGGAGCCGGCUCUCUCUACACCGAUCGGCGAACGACUCGCCUUCACGAUCGACACGGCGCUCUACAAGCGAGGAUGUCCCCGAACCCCUUCCCGCACCUCCCUGCGCGCGCGUCCCGUGCGGCGACGACAUCUGGGCGCGCCUCACCACGCGCGACGCCACGUCCUUCUACCUCGACUUUGCCGACCCACACGGGAACGCGCUCGACCCUGCCCUCGACGUAUACGACGUCGGCAAGCCAGGGACAAUGACCCGCCUCACGCCCGACUUCCCCCUCCUCACGAACCCCGCACCGCCGACAUCGCCCCCGGACCCCUCACCCAAGCGUGUCUCAAAGCGCUCACCCCUGCGAGAACAGACACUCCGCGAGCGCACGCUCAGCACGAUCAACCGCCCCGACAGCAGCUACUUCCUGAACAAAUACGUAAACUCGAGCCAGGCGUCGACGCCUAGCUUGCCUUCGCUGCCUCUCGACCUUCCAUCGUGCAAUGUGCCGUACGCGUCGUCGAACCCGUCUACGACCAGGUUGUCCAGCUCCCCGAUUGGCCGACCGUCCAUCUCGACGCCGGGUCGGCCUUCCGUCUCGCCUUCGCGGCCCUCUGUCUCGCCCUCGCGGCCUUCCAUAUCGCCAUCUCGGCCAAGUACUCGGCCGUCGACGCCCACCAGACAACGACCGUCCCUCUCCAACGCUCUCCCUCCUCCGCUCGACAUCACUCACCCCCGUUACAUCCUCUACCCCACUUCCCGGUACCAGAUCCGCCGGAACGCAGAUAUUGUCGCAAGCGUCGACUUCCAGGUGUACUUCUCCAUGACCGGGGUCAGUGGCGCUGCGAUCGCUGGUACGGCACGGGACGGGAGAAUACAGGAAAGCAGCGUCAAGCAGACGUGGAGUGCGGUGUGAGGACAGUGGCAGGGUAAGUAUGAUAGAGGAAGAAAGAGGAUUGGCAUGGCGGACUCAGACGCAUGGUAUCGAAGCCCCAGAAGGACAGUAGAUGAUCGCUCACGACACAUUGUACAUACCCCUCACGCACACAUUAUCAGCCUAUCUACUUUAGCGCUCAAUGAAUGAUCCCAUAGUAUUUCACUUACUAUAUUUGAACAAUGACCGGGAGGUAUUGAACAAUGCAGUCUAAGGCCUUCGGCAAACGCCGCUCUGAUU